CUGAAUAGGAGAGAGAAAGUGGAGGGACUCCAACGAAGAGAGAGAGAUCAUCCAUACCAUGCAAUAAGAAUGGGAGCUCCCUCUUCCAUGCACUUCUCCAUUUCCCUUCUAAGACACCCUCCUCCUUUCAAUGUCUGCAACUCCUCCACCAUUUUAUGCAACGCUUUCUAUUUUCCCAAAACUGCCCAUCCAAUUCCUCUGCUCCAUUACUCUUGCUCAUGCAAACCCAUAAUUCGUGCUCAGAGAAGCUUCAUUCGAUCCCAUACUGUUGUUGCUCGAAGCAAGCGCAACAAAUCCGUUGAUUCGCGCUUCUUGGAUGAGGAUGGGGCGGUGAAAGAUAUGGAUGCUUAUCUCAAUUAUCUCUCUCUAGAAUAUGAAUCUGUAUGGGACACCAAGCCUGCUUGGUGUCAACCAUGGACCAUAUUGCUUACGGGGGCGGCUACAGUCACUGGUAGCUGGAUAGUUGUUCACUCUGUGGUAUUCACAAUGUUUGUCCUCUUUGUGAUAUGCACAUGGUGGUACAUCUUUUUGUACUCUUAUCCCAAGGAAUACAAAGAGAUGAUUGCUGAGAGACGGAAAAAAGUGAGUAGUGGCAUGGAGGACACGUUUGGCGUUGGGAAAAGCCAAUGAUUAAGAGCUUGAAUCAAUAUUAAUAGAAAAAGUUGAUUUGUAUGAGAUGAUCCCAUGCAUUGUAUCAAUAUCUAUGGAAUUUGAAGGUGAUUUUGCUUCCUCUCUUUGCAGUCA